UAACACCAACACAUCAUAUUCAUACUCCAACUUCUAACACACCCACCCCCUUAUAAAUACUCACAUUUCAAACACCACUAAACUCAUCUCUCUCUCAUUACUCUCCUCAAACCCUACUUUCUCUCUCAUCAUCACCAUCAUCAUCAGUUCAUCAUCAUCAUCAUCAGUUCAUUAUCAUCAUCGUCAUCACUCAUCAGUUCAUUAUCAUCAUCUAUGAUCUAUGGCGGCAGUAGCAGCGCAAGAAGUUGUAUUGUCGGAGAAAGUAGAGGAAUUACUUGACGCAAUUUGUCGUCAGAAAUCGAAACCUCCGGCGGACGCAGUUGCGAGACGAUAUCUUUCCGAAAUAGGCGAGAUAGAGUCAUUGAACAUUCUAGAUAUCAUCUAUAAGUCUACUAAAGUUGCAAAUUUAAGCGCAUUUAUUGUUCAUAUGGUGAAGCUCAAAUCUCGCUCCUCUCUCUCUCCUCGCUCUCCGAUCGUCGCUCCUUCCACUAAUACUCCUCAACGACAAGGGGAUACAUCUGGUGCUAAUAAACGGAUGAAGACUUCUGACUGCACUGCAAGGCGGGUGUGUAUCUUCGACUCACCGCCUAAGGCUGAAGAGAAAGUUGAUCUGCCUAAGGAUAACGGUGUUUUAGAAGCACUUGAGAAACUUGAAUUCCGAAAGGCUUUCUUAAUCUUGAAUUAUAUUGGGUGUUCCAAGCUGGAGGAUUAUGUUUCUGCUGCUCAAAUUCAAAGUUAUCAUGGACUUAGAAUGUGGGAAUUUGAAACCCAAAUUUGGAAUGAUUUUGGCAGAGGGAAUUGCCAGGAAAAGGAGCGUGUUAAGCUUCCGGAUGGGGCAACUGGAGAAAGCUACUACUACCAUUGUCAUGUAAAUGCAAAAGGAACUUGUCGCUUCAAGGGUCCAUAUCUGAACAAGGCAGCUACUCUCUUGCAGAAAACUGUUGGAGAUGAAAAUGUACUCAUAGUAAAGUUUAUGGAGCUAGGAGAAGAGAACAUGAGUGCAGAUUCUAAAAUGCAGUGUCCUGUGUUUAAUAAGGUUGCUGAAGAAGGAAUCUUUGUCGGUAGCAAGCGCUAUCGGUUCUUUGUUUUUAAGGAUGGCGGAAAAGAGGAAAAAAAGAAAGACCCAACUUCUAGUCCAGUUAAAUGCUAUUUUGUUUGUAUGGAGGGGUUCGCAAGUCUUUUAGGGAAGCCACCUCAUCUUGUGAAAGAUAUGUCAGUUCAGGAUGCGAGAGGCUUGUUUAUGCAUAUACACAAGGCUACUAGCCUGUCUAAUUACAUGGCCAGGUUCUCUCUUAUAUUGUCAAAAACCAUUACUUUGGAGCUGAAUUUUGAUGAUCUUCAUGUUGAAGUCAUUGACGACGAACCUUGUCGGGAUGAAGAUGGUAAUAUUGUCUAUGAUAGAGAUGGGAAGGCUAUGAUUCUUACCGAUGGAACUGGUUUUAUCUCCGAAGAUCUUGCUUUGAAGUGUCCUCAUGAUUGCUAUAAUGGUUUUGUGAAUAGUGAAGAGAAUAUUCAGGUCCUGGAGGGAUCUUUAGAAGACUUUCAAAAUUCAGACGUUUCAGGACUAAUCAAGUUGAAAUCACUCCCUGUUCGAGGGGUGCCGCCUUUGCUGAUACAGUUUCGCAUGUUCCACAAAGGUCGAGCUAUAAAGGGAACUGUUCUUGUGAACAGAAAGCUUCCUCCAAAUACUAUAGUAGUUCGACGAUCAAUGUUAAAAAUUGAUCUCGAUGAAAAACUUUCAGGGGCUCCAACAGUAAACUCAUUUGAGGUUGUAGCAACCAGCAAUAAACCAAAGGUUGCCAGUUUAUCGAAGAAUUUGAUUGCACUUCUUCACUAUGGAGGGGUGCCUAGCAGUGUGUUUCUGGUUAUGUUAAGGGAUGCUCUUUCAAAACCUUUGGCUCCUCUAUAUAGAACAAAAGCAGCACUAAGAGUUGCUGUUAAUUGGGAUUUCACUGAUGAGUACAUUGUCACAAGGAUGGUUGCAUCUGGAAUACCUCUAGAUGAGCCUUAUCUUCAACACCGUUUAGCUGAAAUUGCAAAGGAGGAAAUGAAGUGCCUUAAAGUUGGCAGACUUCUUGUUGAUGACAGUUACUAUGUAAUGGGAACAGCUGAUCCCACUCAGACUCUGAAUAGCGGUGAAGUUUGCAUAAUUCUGGACCAGGGACAACUUUCUGGGCCAGUUUUAGUCUAUAGAAAUCCAGGCACUCACCCUGGGGAUAUACAUGUUUUAAAUGCAAGAUAUGUUGAGGCUUUGAAGGACUUUGUGGGGAGCUCUAAAUAUGGAAUAUUUUUUCCUUCAAAGGGGGCAAGGUCAACAGGAGAUGAAAUUGCUGGUGGUGAUUAUGAUGGAGAUACGUACUGGGUCUCCACAAAUUCUGAGCUUCUGAAGUACUUCAAACCAAGUGAACCUUGGAAUUGUGGGAGUUGUGCCAUGAAUGCGAACAAGCAAACAAGUCUGCCUCCUGCCGCGGCAUUGGAGCGGGAACUUUUUCGUUUAUACUUGACUACUAGCUUUCAGCCAAGUAAGGCUAUGGGUAAAGCAGCUGAUAGCUGGCUCGUGUAUAUGGAUCGGAUGCUGACACUGGGAGAUGACUGUGCAGAUGAGAAAGCUACUCUGAGGCAAAAAAUUGAUCAGUUGAUUGACAUAUACUAUGAUGCACUCGAUGCACCAAAAAAGGGAAAAAAGGUUAUAGUUCCAGACGGACUGAUUCCCAAUAGAUAUCCCCAUCAUAUGGAAAGAGGAGAGCAUUGCACCUACAAAUCGAAGUCUAUAUUGGGUGAAAUUUAUGACAUAGUGGAUCAAUAUAGUGCUCGAAUUAAGUUUUGGAAACUGGAGUACUUUGAAGCUGAAAUUCCAGAGGACCGCCUAGUUUUAUGGGGGAAACUUUACGACGAGUACAGAAAAGAUAUGUCAAGUGCUCUUGGUGAAUCUAGAAGCCCAGCUGCAGUUUAUGAGAAAUAUCGGAAGAAACUCUACGGCGGUGUUGGUGAACUGGACAUGAGCGAAAAAGUUUGGGAAGAGAUUCGUCUUGAGGCUUUAGCAAUAUAUCAUAUAUGCUAUGACUAUGCAGAAAAGUUUGACGACCUAAAUAAAUGUGGUUUUGCUUGGAAAGUAGCAGGAGAUGCCUUGUGGAAAAUAGUUCUGCAGCGUAAAGGUGAAAAACCUAUAUUGUUUGCUCCAUCAGUUAUCUGCCAGAUGACACGUUAAAAACAGUGCAGUUCUACUAGAAAGUAAAGUAUUAUAUAUGUAAGUUAAUGUAUGAACUAUGAACUAAGUUUAUCAGUUUGAUUUCGGAGUAGCUUUUAUCAAGUUUGUACUAAUGAUCGAUUCCUCUGCCCUUUCUAUCUGCUCGUUUGCAAUCAUAUAGUGGUAUAUGCUAGAAACUCUCGAGUUGCUGGGAAUUAUAUUAAAAAUGGACGAUGCGAUUAGCAGUGGCGCAGUUGGUGGUUGACCGGGAGCAAGAUGGAAUGUAGGGAUGGGGAAUAGCGGUAGUUAGCAUGUAGACGAUGGUAGGAGAGGACCUGUGGUGGUUGGGAAGAUAUGAGGUUAAAAUGAACAUGUUUGGUGUGGAGAUAAUUUUGUACUUCUUAUUGUCAUAUGAGUCUUAAGUUAAUAAGAAUGCGGCUCAUAAAAUUCAACGCACCACUCAUAUUGUAUUAGAGAUCUUUUAUCGAACUUGUGUAAUUUGUUUGUUUAUAUUUUAUAAUAUAGAUUUUGUAUGAUGAA